UCAGCAAUCUGUCGCCGCCAAACCAGCUGGCAGUUCCAAUUUGUAUUCUGACCCAGUACUGUACUGCACACCCCGACCUUUACAAUCAGGUCUAGUCUCCUCUUCUUUACUCUUCUUUUCAAAUAGCCUGUUACUUUUCAGUGAGAUCUCAGCGCAGAGGCAACAUGCAGAGUCUGGACAAACUCUCAAGAACCUCUCCCUGUGGACGCGCACACCUUCGCGGCUGCAGCCUGUGACGACUUCACCUUCUUUCUCUUUUUUUUCUUCUGUUUUUCUUUGGAGCGACUUCAAUCACUUUCACACACGAUGCGAAGCAGCAGCAGCAGCAGCAGGUGACGUGAACGUUCUGUGCCGGUUCAUGAGUUCGGUGAAGCUGCAGAGGAAAGUUGUCAACCGAGUUCCCCUGUCGGCUCCUGCUCACCUGAGCCGCUCCCCGCCCCGCCCCGCCCCGGUGCAGAGCCUCUCUCCGCGGGCCCCCCCUCCUCCCCCCUCCCCUCCCCGGUCGGGAUGUCCCCCCUGAUGUCGACACCGGGAGCUCUGGCCACUUGGAAAGCCACGAUUUUGCUCCUGAACAUCAUCUCUGCCGCUGUGGCCAAACGACACGUCGUGUACUGGAACUCUACGAACACCAGGUUAACGGCAGGAGAUCUGUCCAUCCAGGUGAACCUGAACGAUUACCUGGACGUCUACUGCCCCCACUUCACCAAUAAGGAAACCCUGGGCCCCAGGCAACCGGAGACGCUGGCCCUCUACCUGGUGGGAGAGGCAUCGUUCCAGGGCUGUGUGGAGACCAGAGGAGCCAUCAAGAGGUGGGAGUGUAACACUCCCUAUGCUCCAUUUGGACCAGUUCGCUUCUCUGAGAAGAUCCAAAGGUUCACACCCUUCUCGCUGGGGUUUGAGUUUCUCCCAGGGCACCACUACUACUACAGCUCUCUACCCACAGAUGAAGGGCUUCUCCUGCCAUGUAUGAAGUUGCGUGUCACCGUGUGCUGUGAGCCCACAUCAGAGGGUUCAAAACAAAUACAAGAAACUGCACCUCAAAGUAGAGCGUGCUCACCGAGGACAGCUGCACUUCCACUCCUCCUCCUCGUCCUCACCCUUCUCCUGCCGACGACCUGACUUCCUCGUCCGUCCUCACCACCGACCUCGCUCGCUCCCGUUCACUGCGGGAUUGGGAGUUAUUACUCAAAUGAUCAAGUACACAAUGCAAUCUACGUUCAGACAGUGACACAAUGCAAUGUAUGCUAAGCUUUUGCGAAUGACAAAUUGUACCUUGUGACUGUUUUACCUGUGAAAUACCAGGAAGAAUUGGGUGUCGUCUUCAAAACGGGGCCACAGUGACUCAGGGACAGACGCACCGAAUCACUGUGAUUCAUUUCUCAUUAUUUCCCUCUCACACUCGUUGUGAUAGUAGUAGCGCAGAAUAUUAGGCAAAGAAUUAGGCCUUGUCAUAAGACAUAUCCUGCUCUGCUUCUGCCAGAAGAACGAUGAGUCUGUCCGGACUUGUUCCAACAAAGUUUUCUCACUUUUUCAUUUCUGUCUCUCCUCCUGUUUCUCUUUUUCUACAUAGUUUGUUGUACGCCUUUACGCCUUUUUUUGUCUCCAGUUGAAAAUUGGCCAAAUAAACGCAUACUACUGCACUGAGUAGCUCAGGUUGGAGGUCAAAAUCAGUUAGCUGGUGACCCUUUUUUUUUUUUU